CCUCGCCCACUUUUCCCUCUUUUUGUCCCCCGUCCUCGCUCCUCUCCCGACAAACCGACCUACCAAUUGACACUGCAGGGUCCAGAUCGCUGGCAGAUCUGAGAUACAUAUUAUGCCACUAGCUUCGAGACUUUCGGGUUAGAAUGGACCUGCACAAUAAGCCGCGCUGGCAGUGGCCAUCAAGCUCCGCUGCCUCAGUCUCAGCUUCGGACUCUGAUUCUGAUGUAAGGCAGCGUUCGGAAGAUAUCCCGCAGCCUGCUGAUACGCACCAAUCUCCACCCGAGACUUCCGGAGAGCAUUAUCCUCCUCGUACAUGUCGCAUCUGCCUGGAAACCGUCUACCCUACCUUCCCUCCUCCCUCCGAACAUCUGCCUGGGUUCCUUCAGUCCAAACAGCGGGUGAUUUACAAGUCUUCAGACCCGGAGUCUGGUCGAUUGCUUCGCCCCUGCAAAUGCAAAGGAUCCUCCCGUUAUGUACAUGAGGGAUGUCUUCAGCUUUGGCGCCAUGCGGACCCAGGCUAUGGCAAGAGGAAUUAUUGGCACUGCCCGACUUGCGGCUUCCACUAUCGCCUAGAGCGUCUCCAGUGGGCGCACUGGAUCAGUAGCCCCUUGACGCAGCUCGGACUGACUCUAAUUGUCUUAAUGUUUACUAUCUUUUUGCUUGGUUUCGUUGCUGACCCGAUCAUUAACCUUUACGUGGACCCCAUGGACCCCAUCCUCCGUUCAGACUUAUGGGACACUCGCCCGGUGACGAGUACCCUACUAGAAGACAAGAGGACUUCCUGGACCGAACACUUCGUCAAGGGUUUGGCCUCAUUGGGCUUUCUGUCCUUUGUCAAGGCUAUCUUCGCCCUCUCUUCUUGGCAGGGAUUGACUCUGCGCGGCACUGGUAUGCUUGGUGGGGGUAGAAACAAUGGCCGGAACCGUGUCGCGUGGCUGGUCAUAGUUAUUGGGGUGGGUAGUUUUCUCUGGGCUGUUUAUAAGGCUGUAAGGACCUGGAGCUGCAGGGCUUUAGAAAAAGCUGGGGAGCGUGUCAUGGAUGUUCCGUUGCCUGACGACGAGGAUGAAGAUGAUGUGGUUUCUUCCAGGAAGGACGAUUGACCGAUCCAGCGUAUGCCGUCCAGUAUCGAAUAUUCGUAUCAACCUUGUUUUUUGUUUUCCCUGUUCUAUAUUCGCUGGCGAUAUUCCACGCACAACUUUAAGUUGUCACACUCCUGUCAGUGAGGUGCCAAUUAGUCAACGUGCGCAGAAAAACUCUGAUCCUCAUUAACUUCACAGUUCAUGGCUGUUAAGCAGGAUGGCUGGCGAUGGCGUUUUGUCUUUGCCAUUUUCACCUGCUUUGUUCAUCAGCCAUGUCUUGAGGGAGGGUCAAACUGCAUCUUCUCGGUCAAUCUGAUCGAAAUGAUCAACUUAGGCGCUACAUGGUGCUUGUUAGCCCUGUUAUGGUGCUUUUUUUGCGCUGUUAUGGUGCUUCUUAGCACUAUUAUACCGUGAGCGUCGCGAAUCGAGAUGCAGUACAUUCUACAUACUAGGUAGUAUUUAAUACUUGUUGAUAUACCC